AACUUGUCGGGCGUUGAGCAGAUUAGCAGGCGGGCGGGAUGGACGCGGAGAGCCUCCUGCUGUCGCUGGAGCUGGCGUCCGGCAGUGGGCAGGGCCUCAGUCCGGACCGCCGGGCCUCGCUGCUCACUUCCCUUCUGCUGGUCAAGCGCGAUUACCGCUACCACAGGGUCCUCUUCUGGGGCCGCAUCCUCGGCAUCAUGGCCGAUUACUACAUCGCGCAGGGCCUGAGUGAAGACCAGCUGGCACCGCGCAAGACGCUCUACAGCCUGAACUGCAUGGAAUGGAGCCUUUUGCCCCCCGCCACAGAGGAGAUGGCUUUGCAGACGUCUGUGCUGAAGGGCCGCUUCAUGGGAGACCCCUCACAUGAGUAUGAACACACUGAAAUGCAGAAGGUGAAAGAAGGCGAAAAGUUCUUCGAUGAAGAAGUAGUGGUUCAGAUCAAGGAAGAGACGCGCUUGGUGUCCAUCAUUGACCAGAUUGACAAGGCAGUGGCUAUCAUCCCCCGAGGUGCUCUCUUUAAGACCCCUUUUGGACCCAUCCAUGUCAAUCGGACUUUUGAAGGACUGUCCUUAUCGGAAGCCAAGAAGCUCAGUUCCUACUUCCACUUCAGGGAGCCUAUUGAGCUGAAGAACAAGACCUUGCUUGAGAAGGCUGACCUCGACCCCUCCUUGGACUUCAUGGAUUCCUUAGAGCAUGACAUCCCCAAAGGGUCCUGGAGCAUCCAGAUGGAACGCGGCAAUGCCCUGGUGGUGCUGCGCAGCCUGCUUUGGCCAGGCCUCACCUUCUACCACGCUCCCCGCACUAAGAACUGUGGCUACAUCUACGUGGGCACUGGUGAGAAGAACAUAGACCUGCCCUUCAUGCUGUAGGAGGGCGCCAGCCUGGGAUUUUUAAUGCAGCAUGUAAUCAUUAUUUCUAUAAAUUUUAGUGAGUUUAGUCUGUUUGUUCUGU